GCCGCUGCGCCUGCUGCUCCUCGCCGUCCCCGCUGCAGUGCGAAGGGCUCGAAGAUGGCCGGUUGGCAGAGCUACGUGGAUAACCUGAUGUGCGAUGGCUGCUGCCAGGAGGCCGCCAUUGUCGGCUACUGCGACGCCAAAUACGUCUGGGCAGCCACGGCCGGGGGCGUCUUCCAGAGCAUUACGCCAGUAGAAAUAGAUAUGAUUGUAGGAAAAGACCGGGAAGGUUUCUUUACCAACGGUUUGACUCUUGGCGCAAAGAAGUGCUCAGUGAUCAGAGAUAGCCUAUACGUCGAUGGUGACUGCACAAUGGACAUCCGGACAAAGAGUCAAGGUGGGGAGCCAACAUACAACGUUGCUGUCGGCAGAGCUGGUAGAGCAUUGGUUAUAGUCAUGGGAAAGGAAGGUGUCCACGGAGGCACACUUAACAAGAAAGCAUAUGAACUCGCUUUAUACCUGAGGAGGUCUGAUGUGUAAGCAGCCUCUCCCCAUCUACCUAGCAACUGUCUUCAUCACCACCCCAAUUAUGGUCACAGUGCUACCAGACUGUAGAUGGUAGCUAAUUUUUCUUUACCUAUUUUCUAAUGUCGCAAUUCCUGUUUACCCAAUGGAUCAUUUGUAUGUUAACCACUGUAUGUAACCAACCCUUAUCUGGCAACAUAAUUGCAGCACAAUAAUGAUUUGCAUGAUACCUUGAAAUUCGGGGGGAGGGGGCAUGCCAAGUUGGGCAUCACUUUGUCUUAGCAAUUAAUGGGAUAUUGAUAACUAAAAUAAGUUAAUAUUAAGCAAGGUGCCGGUUGUACAAUCUCUAAUUUGAUCAAUGUCUUUUCAGCACUUUGAGCAUUUACUUAGCUCAUUUAGUCUUCCUUUUGUAGCGCAUGGUUGGGAGGAAAAAGUGCAUGCAUCUUUCCUUCACUCCUCUUUUCCCACCCUUCUCCCUUUGCACAUAGGUAUUUGGUUUGCUUCCAUCUUUUAUGCAUUGCCUGGUUUAUUUAACCAAGUAAUAUCCCUUUUGUUGAUGAGCUAUUGAAAGCUGCAGUAGUUUGCUUUUAGUAUUGUUGUUGCACUUGAGUAGAGACAGACCUUUUGUCUACAAGCUAUAUGAAGAGUGCAACUGCAAAACAAGAGCAAAAGGCACUUCCUCCCACGACCUUACAGUAACCAUACAGAUCGAAUCCCCAGGGACAUUCCAUCAUUGCAAUAGCUCAGAUUUUUGUUCCUUUUUCUUUGCACACCAGCUCUAUUCUUUAGUAAAAUUGUAAAAGGCUGCCAUUAUGGACAUUAGGUAUCCCAACAUAACCAUCUGGAGUGUGUCCAGUUUGUUCUUCAUAGGACCAAUUUUUAUUUGCAGCUUGAGUUUUUAUAUGAAGUUGCAUUAUUGUGGACUUGGCUGUCUUGUGAUAAAUUUUUUUCAUAUGUGUUCUGUGCCAUACUAUUGUUAAAAUGAACUGUUGCUAUUGUGAGAUGGAUUUUAACUGACCUAUUAAAGGUUUCUUUCGAAUGGCACUACUUUAGGGACAUUCUAGUAUUUGCUUCUAUUGUUUGGGCCUUGUGGAUAAUGUACAGAUUUAAAAACAAAUCUUGUUGCUGAUUUGUCCAUUUCUUUCCCUGCACUUUGUUACAUCUGGGAUACAGUCUAACUCAUCUGAUUUAAUAUGCAUUUAAAAAAAUGCCAUAACUAUUAAACA